AUGGCCCAACAACAGCCCAAGGUCUACAGGAAGACCUACUACAAGGACUGUGCAGUCCUUGCAACCCCGACCGGUCCUGUCCUCGCUGCCGGAAAUGCCUUGGGGGUCGACGCCCGCAUCAGUGCAAGAUUCGUCGUCAGUGUCCAGCCUGACCAGACGUCAUGGGUCGGUUUCCGUCUCGACAUUCCUCUCGGCAAGGAUCAAUUUGACAACGAGAGAUGGGGCUAUGGUGUACGCCAUGCUCUGGACCGAGGCGCUGGUACAGAUGGCGGCUCGAUACAGCCUUUUGACCAGCACCGAAUCGUCGUCAAGUUCCCUCGCGAUGGUGCCACGCAAAUUGAUGCCGCGGAGCCGUCGACCGCCGUCAAGGAUUUGUUUGCCAAUGCCAGAAACCCAGACAGACUUGCUUGGGUCCGCGUCAAGCUCUCCUCCCGCCCGAUCAUUGAAGGCUUUGGUAUGCCCUUCAGAAAUGUUGGAAUGCCGCAGCUGGAUGCCUGGGUCAACACAGACGCGCCCAUAGUCGACAAAUACUCAUUGGGUGGUCUCCUGCGGCAAGAAACACUUUACUUUGUUGUGGCUACCCGUGUCGACGACAUCAAGGCCAGCUUCGACCCCCAAUGCCUGCCUGCCCCCUUCCAUUACCCCUACGGUCCGUUGGAAAUCUUGUCCGGCGCUCAGGAUUGGUCUCGCCUCGUCAGCGCGCAUAAGGGUCAACAGUUCGCUGCUCGCUACAGCUUCGAGACCAACGACGAGCACUUGACCAAUGCUAUGCAUGCCGUCCUCCAGGAUUCGCUCUGGCUGGAAGAGGAUAGAGUGGCGAUAUCCUGUCGAAAAUGGCCGGCAUAUACCGUCCGCCCUCCCUCAGGUGACGCAUCUCAGGCCACAGAGAUGUUCAUGGUGGUUCCUCUCACUCAGGAAUUCAAGGAGAAGUUCUCCCAGAGCUGGCGUUGCCUAUCCAGGGACUCGUCUCCCACCCUGGUGCUAUAUAACGCGGAAGACGACGACAAAAUUGCAGCCAAAUGGGAAUGCAACAUCCAGGACCAUCCAGCUUCAAUCGCGGCCCUCAAUCAACACCCCACGGGGGAGCUCGAUCUGGUGCUCUACGCGCGUCGUCCCCAGGGUUCGAAAGAUUCGACGUACGUCGUCAAGGACUUCGCCGACCGCUCAGAGGCAAACCGGUUCUUCGAGUGCAAGCGCAGGGUCGAUGCUUUGUCGGAUUUCCGUCCAGGCAGUGAGCCGACAAAUCUCGCCGCGUUGGUCGAUCUCCCCCCGCCCGCGAUCCUGGACCGUAUGGAACUGCACCGCACGCUACUUCGUGGUACCGGCUUCUAUGCAUGGAUGUCGCAGUCCGCUCCCGCCGAGCUUGGUCUCGAAGACGCCAUGGCCAGUAUGCCGAUAAACGGUUCUCGACUGCGCCCUCUGCCUUCCUGGGACUUUCUCAGGUUCCGGAAGGACGAUCCGGAAUAUGCGCAAGCCAUCCUCGAAGAGGCGCUCGGGGCUGAUCGAACGCGAUUCAACGCGUAUCUGACCAGUAGGCCCCUCGGUAUUGGCAUCAUCACAGCUGGCCCGGGCUUUGGCAAGACAACCGCUGGGGCUGCCUCGACGCUCGCCAUGCAAGCAUCCCUUGGUCCGAUUUUGUGCUCCGCACCAACCAAUGUUGCCGUGGACAAUUUUGCCGCCCGCCUCCACUCCCGCACUUGUGCCAUCACCGCCAAACUCAAUGCCAAGAAGGGGGCGAAUGACCCCACCCGCUACCGUCGCAAGUUCGUUGUUCGGGGGUUCAGCAAUGAGGAGAGGGCCUUCCGUGAGCUUCUGCGGAAUCCAAAGGCUGGAGACAAUGCCCUCGGCAGAGCAAAGUUUGGCCCGCCCUCCAAGUGGAAGUUCCACCUCUCCGCGUCUUGGUGGAUGCUCAAGCUCCUGCGAUGUCCGUUUGUGGAUCAACUGGAUCCUGACGACAGUCAGGUCCUUCACGAGAUGAGACAGGGCUGGGAUGGACAUGCUCAGCUUGAUCCCCUCCGCCAGGUGCUGGCGGGCACGAUCACUUGGGAGCAGUUCCAGGCCAAAGCCCCCAAAAAGGAGAUUCUCGUGCCCCUGUUCAAGGAGCUCUUCCGCAAUGCCGACAUAUUGUGCGUCACCCCCAGCGGGUCACACAACCACACGCCCUUCCGCCGGUGGAAAAAUGAAGUCGCCCGGGGUGUAGCUGUGGAUGAAGCUGCCAACAUGCUCAAGGCUGACCUGCUCACUGUCUGGGGGAACACCUUGAUGCCUUGCAUGCUCUUUGGCGAUCCCAAGCAGUUGCCUCCCGUGGUUUUGUCCGAGAAGAGCAAGGAUGACGCCGGCAAUGCUGUCAACCGCUUCGCAAAGGAUGGCAAAGUCUCCGCCUUGCAGUUCCUCCAAGGUGUUGGUUUCCCUGUCUACCGUUUGACAACCCAAUUGCGCAUGGCCAACGGCAUGUUCGACAUGGUCUCGAGCAUCAUUUACCCUGAGGUCCCUCUCAGAUACGACAGUAUCUGUGACAUCAACAACCCGCGCUUCGCGGCGGGCCGAACCUUGGAGGACUUCGUGCGAAGCAAGUCCGAUUCGGUCAAGGCGGCCCCCAGUGGCAAACUUCUCCCGGUCUUUGUGCACUGCGAGAACUCGAGGGUCAUUGUGGACAAGUAUACGGGCUCAAAGAAAAGCUAUGAUCAAGUCGAAGUUGCCUUGGACAUGAUCCUGGAUCUGGUUCGAACCAAGGGCAUCACCGCCUCGCGCGUCUCGAUCAUCGCCCCUUACGCCGCCAAUGUCGAACUCAUUGGCUACCGUCGCCGCAAGGAGCCCAAAUACGCCCCGCUGUCCAGCAUGCCCCCUGCCUCAACAGUGGACUCCUUCCAAGGUCAGGAGAAUGACAUUGUCGUCAUUGUCAUGGGCACCAAGGCCGUAACGCCAGGCCCAGGCUUCACUUCGGAUGAGCAACGGCUCAACGUUAUGCUUACCCGAGCACGAUGCGGGCUGGUAAUUGUCGGGGAUAUUCAUGUUACGGGACGUCUAGACAAGAAGGACAAGAAGGCCAAGAAGGGGCGCAAGGACCUGGAGGAGACUUUCCUGGUAGUGAGUUCCUCGGGAGAGAGGUUUUGGUCCAAGGGUACCGCACUAAGGAACGUGCAUAAGACUCUCUGGGAUGCUGGCCGGGUAAUGACUGUCAAGUGUAAUGAGAAGUAG